UUCUCCCUCAGGGCUGAGGAUUACCUUCAUAUUAUCUUUUUGACAUGCCCGGUCGAAACACUAGCUUUCUCUCCAAUCAAGCACCUUCCCUGUCAAAUGGUUUUAGAUGCGGUAUUCGACGAACGGAAUGAUAGAUAUCAAUGCUUUUCCUUUUUGUGAGCUGGUGAACGUGGUGACAGGCUCCGCCUCUUAUGUCACGAACACCUGGGGGUGGGGGAGGAAUGGAUGGACUUUUCUAGCCCUGGGGCCUAAAUCCUUUGAGUGGAGUGGACAUGUGGGCAACAACGAUCGAUUUCCCCGAGGAGUGCCCGAAAAGUACGUCUGGCAGGAGGAUGUUAUUUUUGCGCUGAUGAUAGAUGCCUCUACGGAGAAUAUGGCCGGUUCUCAACUUGAUGGUAACUCGAGUAGACUGGCUAUUUCAGCUCUCCGACAAUGAUAACAUGCCAGAGACACCCGUAGCCUGCCUUCUAUCCCCGAACCAGCCCUGCGCACAGCCGGUAGAUCACCAUGAUAUAAGAAAGGCCAUUCUUCUACCUUCCAAGUCAAUCAAGAUUCACGCAUCUCCCUUUCUAUUUCCAUUUUUCUUUCGUUUGCCCAGAUAUUUUCACGCCACCAACUACCAGCCACUAGGAAACAAUCGCAUCUCUCCCAAAAACCCUGCCUCUAGAUCUCUCCAAAUGUCCCAAACUUUCCUCAGAGCAGGCCGGUCACCUCCGCCACUUCUACAAUAUCGGCACACCAGUCUCGACAGUGACUGGCCACAUAUGGUCACACAGGAUCCGGACCAAGCAUUCUUAGAUGCAUACCGCUACCAGCUCGCACCCAUUGCCUACACUGCUGGUUUGGCACACUACCAUCGUCCUCCCAGUCAUGCGCAGUCUCUUCAAACCGUUGAUCCGCAACCUGAUCCACAAAAUGCUGCGCAAUGAGGUCUGGAGCCACUAGUGCCUGACAUCCCAGGCUGAGCUACAUGAGCUACGCAAACCCUAG